CCUUGGUUGUGUUUGCAUGCAGCCAAACAGACCGCUGUUGUUGUUGUGCGUGAAAGCUUGCAGGCAACCCCGCUUCUCUCUGCUGGCGCUUGCCACAAGCAACAAGCAAAAGCAUCAGAGGAGAUCGUGUGCGCGACCCAACACAACCAACCAGCCAACAAACAAGCAAGCAAGCAAACAAGCAAACAGACAACACGAGCGCACGGAGAGACUGCAACCAAGCACACUGAGCAGUACUUUUGACGUGCAGUGCUCCUCCUGAGCUCUGCUCCCUCCGUGUUCCUUUGCAAAGGAGGAACGAAGAACGGGCGACGUUGGAGCCAACUGCGACUCCUCUGUUCUUCCUCUCUUUGUUGUUGUUUAUUCGUUGUUGUUGUUGUUGUUGUUGUUCUCCUUCUGACCUUUUUGUGCUUGCCGCACAACCUUUCCAACGAGACAGCGACGACAGCAACGCGCGCACAGCGCACCACUUGGAUCACGACUUCAAGUUCUCACAAGAACAACGACAAACCAAGCACACCUGGCUCUUCGACUUCAUUUUCGCCAAAGGCCUGCAACCAUGCACUCACGGCCCAAUCAUAGGGCUGUGUUGAGGCCAACACCAUCUGCGACACCUGCAGCAACGACUGCGCCGCAGAAACAAAGCCAUGUGCGAAGCACUGUUGCACUGGCCCACAAGCUCCUGGUUGCAGCGUGCACGCUGCUUCUUCUGCUUCUUCUGACCACGGCCGGCACUGCUUCCGGCCAAACGUGCACAUUGCAGAACGCCCCUUGGGUGUACCUGGAGGCCGGCGCAGUCGCAGCCGUCGACCCGCCGUCUGGGCAGGGCGGCUCCAGGAUCACAAUCACAGGAACUAACCUCCUUGGCGGCGGCACAAACAUGACCCGCGUCACCCUCGCAGACAUUGCUGUGGAGAACAUCCUCUCCUUCAACAACACCAUGGUCGUCGUGCGCGCGGCCGCGUCCCCAACAGCAACCACGGGCGACGUCCUCCUGCAAUCUAACACGGGCGCAAUGGUCGUCGCAAACAAUUCCUUCACCUACCUCGUGCCGGGCGCCAUCAACACGGUGUCCCCCAGCAGCGGUCAGGGCGGCACCUACAUCACCCUGACGGGAUCCCGCUUCCUCGGCGACUCUGGCAUGCUCACCGCCGCCUACCUCGCCGACGUCCCGGCAGACAUUGUCCGUCACAACGACUCCUUUGCCGUGUUGCGCGCCCGCCCUUCCGCCACCGCAGUGUCGGGCGACAUUGUGCUUGUCGCCGCAAACGGCAUCCGCGUCGUGGGCACGAACAGGUGGCGCUACGAAACGCCGGGCUUCAUCGCCGCCGCAGCGCCAAACUCGGGUGUCGUGGGUACCCGCUCGUACAUCUUCGGCAACAACCUCCGCGGCUACGGCUCGCGCAUCACCAACGUCACCCUUGCCGGUGUGGAUGCGCGCAUUCUCGAGGAGAACAACCUCUUCGUCCGCGUCGUCGUCGCCAGCGGGCCCGACAACGCCACCGGCGACAUUGUCGUCACCUCCGACACGGGCGCACAGGUCAUCGCAGAUGACGCCUGGCAGUACGUGCCGCUCGGAAACAUCACCGCCCUCGAGCCCGCAGACGGUAUCACAAACACCCGCGUCACCAUCCACGGCGAGAACCUCCUCAGCGGUGGCCAGUCAGUCAUCCAGGUGCGCAUGGCCGGCGUAGCGGCAAACAUCAUCUCCUACUCAGAUGACCGCGUCAUCGUCAACGCCGGCGCCUCAGACCUGCCAGGCACUCGCGGCGACGUCGUGCUCACCAUCGACACGGGCCCCGAGGUCGUUCUGACCAACGGCUGGACCUACAACAUCGUCCCUGGUGACAUCUUCACCGUCGAACCAAACCGCGGCCAGCUGGGCACCCGCGUGGCCGUUGAGGGCGUCAGCCUCCUUGCCGGUGGAGACUCCAUCCGCUCCAUCACCAUUGCUGGCGUGGAGGUCCUCAACAUCACCCUACAGACCAACAACCGCGUCGAGUUUGUGGCAAACUACUCUGCCGUUGCCCAGUCCGGUGAUAUCAUCUUCACCAUCAACACGGGCGCCACCGUCCGCCGGCUCAAUGGCUGGACCUUCGUCAGCCCCGCCGUCAUCAACAGCAGCACCCCGGCAACGGGGCAGGUUGGCACGUACAUCACCCUGCGCGGCUCAAGCCUCCUCGGCGGUGGAUCAAGCAUCACCUCUGCCACCAUCGGCACUGUUGCGGCGCGCUCCAUCGUCUCCAGCAACGACUCCGUGGUCAUCAUCGAGGCGGGCCAGAACUCAACAGCCCUGGCCGGGCCGCAAGACAUUGUGCUCACGGGCAACUACCACGCCCGGAUCACACACCAAGCGGCCUUUUCGUUUGUCGCCCCAAGCUUCAUCACUUCGGUCUCGCCAAACCUCGGACAGGGCGGCACGCGCGUCACCAUCCGCGGCGAAGGCCUCACCGGCAGCCACAACGCAACCGCGUCAGUCUCCAUCGCCGGGCAGGACGCAGAGGUGCUCAGCAGCUCGCAGACGAAAAUCGUCGUUCGCGCCACUGCUCGCACCCAGGGCGUGGGCAACGUUGUGGUGCGCGCAACGGACGGUGCCCUCACCGUCAAGGAGAACGCGUUCUCUUACGCCAUUCCCGGACAGGUGGAUGCCGUGACUCCAAGGCAGGGCCAAUAUGGCACCACGGUCACCAUCACGGGCCAGCGGCUGCUUGGCAGUGGCUCCUCCAUCACCACGGCUUCUCUCGCUGGCGUGCAGGCGCAGAUCCUCUUCAACAACAACAACACCAUGAUCGUGGUUCGCGCCGCGCGCGCCGCUCAGCCAACCUCCGGCCACAUCAUCCUCACGGCGGACACGGGCGCGCUCGUCGAGUCCACCAUCAACUGGGCGUACCUGGAGGAGGGCAACGUCACCCAGGUCUCGCCGGCUUCUGGCCAGGCGGGAACCAUGGUCACCAUCACGGGUACCCAGCUCAGGGGGCGGGGCUCAAGCAUCGUCCUCGCCUACCUUGCUGGUGUGGAGGCCACCAUCCUCUCGCAGACCGACACCCGUGUCAUCGUGCAAGCAAACAACGCCAGCGCAAGCGCCCCGAUGGCCGUGCAGCUCGAGGCAGAUUCCGGGGCCAUCGUGUCUGGCGCCCCCACUUUCCGCUUCCUUGAGCGUGGCGCCAUUGACUCAGUCUUUCCCGACAGCGGCCAGGACGGCACGCGCGUCACCAUCACCGGCCAGCGACUCCUUGGCGGCGGCGCCUCCGUUGCUCAAGUCACCCUCGCCGAUGUCCCUGUCAAGUCAAUUGACUCGCAGAACGACACCUACAUUGUUGUCACCGCAAAUGUCAGCACCACCUUUGGCCUGGGUACCGUACGCAUCACCGCAAAUACGGGCGCGUUCACCGAGAUGGAGGGCGCGUAUCGCGCCUUGGAGACCAGCGUCAUCAACCAAGUUGCGCCGUCCAUCGGGCAGGCCGGAACCAUUGUCACUGUGCUUGGCGAACGACUUCUCGGUGGUGGCGCAAGCAUCGCCUCAGCCGUGUUUGGCACUGCACCCGCGACAGUCAUGUCCUCGAACGACACGCACGUUGUGGUGGCCCUGCAGGCGGCUGCCCCCGGGCUGGUGUCGGUGCAACUGCAGGCCGACACUGGCGCUGCAACAUCUCUGACAAGUGCGCUCACAUACGCCGAACCAGGUAACAUCACAAGUAUCUCGCCAAACGUCGGGCAACUGGGCACCCUCAUCACGAUCAACGGUACCAACCUGCUUGCAGCUGGGUCACAUAUCGCCAACGUGCUGCUCGCAAAUAUCCCUGUGUUGGAGAUUGUCAACUACACCAAUACCCAAGUUGUCGUUCGCCCGAACGCGGAUACUCCAGGAACGGUUGCGGUGACCAUUGAAUCUGACUCUGGUGCGACCACUAUUGCUGCAAACGCCUUCAACUACACGACGGCGUCGAGUGUGGCUGCGGUUGAGCCUGCGUCGGGCCAGUUUGGCACACGCGUGACCAUCACGGGCGCGCGGCUGUACGGUGCAACCGGCAGCGCCGUUGUGCGCGUGCUGCUCGGCGGCGUGCCUGCAGUGAUUGAGGACGAGAGCAGCACAAGCGUGACGGUGGUGGCGCAGCGAAAUGCGUCUGCAGCUGUGAGCGACGAGGUGACGGUGGAGGCGGACUCUGGUGCGCUGACACGGGAGGCUGGGGCCUGGACGUACCUUGCUGAGGGCACGGUGAUGGGCGUUGUGCCUGGCUUUGGACAGCUGGGGACGCGGGUCACCAUCAGCGGCACGUCGCUGCUUGGCGGUGGCACGACGGCGUCCAACGUGACGCUGGCGUCUGUUGCUGUGCUUGAGAUUGUGAGCUCGAGCGCGACGCAGGUUGUUGUUGUUGCUGGGAGCUCUGGCACGGCGGCGACGGGGGACGUUGUUGUUGUGUCUGACACGGGUGCGACGGUGCGCGGGAGCAACGCGUUUGAGUACCGGGAGCAGAGCGCCAUCACCGGGGUGCAGCCUGCGCUUGGGCAGGUUGGCACGGUUGUGACCAUCAGCGGCGAGCGGCUGCUGGGGCACGGCAGCGGCGUGAGCCGGGUGACGCUGAACGGCGUGCAGGCGAUGGUGCAGAGCGCAAGCAACACGCAGGUGACGGUUGUUGCGGCGAGCGGGCCUGCCGGUGUGGGCGACGUUGUUGUGACUGCCGACACGGGAGCGCAGACGACGCUCGCGGGCGGGUUUGAGUACGCGGUGCAGGGCAACAUCAGCGCGGUUGUUCCUUCGUCUGGGCAGUACAAGACGCGUGUGACGCUCCGGGGCAGCAACCUGCUUGGCAGCGGCAACAGCACGGCGAGCGUGGCGCUGGUGGGCCGGGAGGCGACGGUGCUGACGGAGAGCAACACGGAGAUUGUUGUUGCAGCGGCGGCUGGGCCCGGCUCGCAGGUGACGGGCGACGUUGUGAUCACGGCGGACACGGGGGCCCGGGUGGAGGAGCCCAACGGGUUUACGUACCUUGUGCCCGGGCGUGUGCAGCAGGUGCAGCCGUCGAGCGGGCGCGCGGGGACGCGGGUGACGAUUGUCGGCGUGGACCUGUGCGGGCCUGAGGCGGACAGCGCAACGGCGACGCUGAAUGUGACGCUGGUUGGCAUUGCUGCUGAGGUGGUGUCGACGGGCGGGUGCGGCGUUGUUGUGGUGCGCGCGGGGGACCUGGGCGCGAACAUGACGGGCGACGUUGUGCUUGUGUCGAGCACGGGCGCUGAGGUGCGCGCAGUGAACGCGUUUACGUACAUCUCUGAGGGCGCGAUCACGAGCGUGACGCCGUCUGCGGGGCAGGGCAACACGCUUGUGACGAUCCGCGGUGUGAACAUGCUUGGCGGCGGCACGGGGGUUGCCUCUGUGACGCUGGCUGGUGUGACGGCGAGCGUGUUCACGGGGGUUGCCUCUGUGACGCUGGCUGGUGUGACGGCGAGCGUGUUCACGGUGCCGCCGACGGAGACUGAGAUUGUGGCGCGUGCGUUUACGGGCAGCGGCCGCGGCGACGUGGUUGUUGUGAGUGACACGGGCGUGACGACGCGGCUGGUGAACGGGUGGACGUACAGCGAGGUGACGUCGGUGACGCCGUCGUACGGGCAGCGCGGAACGCGCGUGACGAUUGGCGGUGUUGCGCUGACGGCUGGCGGCACGGACAUCAGCAAGGUUGAGUUCAACGGGGUUGAUGCGACGUCGAUUGUGCGUGCGAACAGCACGGAGGUAGUUGCGGUGGCGGCGUUCAACAGCGUGCCCGGGGACGAGAUGGGAGACGUGCGGCUGACGACGGACAACGGGCAGCAGGUGGUGCUGUCUGACGGGUGGACGUACCGGCCGACGGGGAGCGUCUUGUCUGUGGCGCCGUCGAGCGGGCAGGCGGGGACGCGCGUGACAAUCACGGGCGACCAGCUGCUCGGGUACGGCACGGGGCUUGCGCAGGUGACGCUUGCGGGUGUGGGCGUGCGGGAGAUUGUUGAGGCGAACGCGACGCGGGUUGUCGUUGUGGCGGAGGGCCGCGCGACGGCCGGUGCCGGGCUUGUUGAGCUGACGGCGGACACGGGAGCGACGGUGCGGCAGGCCAACGGGUUUACGUAUGUUGCGCCGCAGAGCAUCAGCGACGUUGUGCCGCGGACGGGCCAGGUUGGCACUGAGGUGACGAUUACGGGCAGCGGGCUGCUUGGCGGCGGCAGCGCAGCGGAGGUUGUUGUGCUUGCUGGCGUGGAGGCCGAGGCUGUGUUGUCGAGCAGCAACGGCAUGGUGGUUGUGUCUGCGGGCCAGUCUGCGCCGAGCAACGUGAGCAGCGUUGUUGUGACGGCGGAGACGGGGGCGACUGUGGAAGGCGCUGGGCUGUUCCAGUAUGUGCGCGAGGGCGUGAUCCAGAGCGUGACGCCGGCAAGCGGGCAGCGCGGCACGUAUGUGACGAUUGUGGGCACGGGCCUGCGCGGCAACAGCAGUGCGGUUGCGGGCGUUGUUGUUGGCGGCGUACCGGCAACGAGCGUUGUAUCUGAGGCCGACGAGGUUGUGGUUGCGCGGCUUGACUCCGCGGGUGCGCAGAGCAUGGUUGAUGUGCAGGUGACUGGGACGAGCGGGGCGCGCGUUGUUGCUGCGGGGGCGUUUGAGUACCUUGAGGAGGGCCGCGUGACGAGCGCGGUGCCUGCUGGGGGCCAGAUUGGCACUGUGGUGACGCUGGGCGGCGAGCGGCUGCUUGGCUGGGGCGCGAACGUGAGCCGGGUGACCGUGGGUGGCUCGGCUGUGCGGCGGGUUGUGUCUGCGAGCGACAGCGCUGUUGUGGUUGAGCUUGGGCGCGCGAGUGGCGGGAGCCAGGGCGUUGUGAUUGAGAGCGACACUGGGGCGCUUGUGCAGAACGGCAGCCUGGUGACGUACCUGAGCGAGGGCCGCGUGUCGCGGGUUGAGCCGUCGAGCGGACGGGAAGGCACCGUGGUGACGCUGUUUGGCAGCGGGCUGCGGGGCGGCAGCAGCGGGGUGUCUGCGGCGCGGAUUGGCGCUGUUGCGCUUCGCGUGCUGCAGGAGAACGACACUGUUGUUGUUGCUGUGAUGGGCCGUGGCGGGCAGACGGGCGUUGCGGAGAACGUGACGGUUGUCGGUGCGAGCGGCGCGCUUGUGUCUGGUGCGGGCCUGUUUACGCCUGUGGGAGCCGGCGCGAUUGCGACGGUGAGCCCGACGAGCGGGCAGUACGGGACGCGGGUGAACAUCAGCGGCACGGGGCUGCUGGGCGGCGGCAGCACGGCACAGGCUGUUGAGCUGGGUGGCACGGCGGCGCUGAGCAUUGUGAGCGCGAGCGAGACACUGGUGCGGGUUGUUGCGAAUAGCAGCCGCGCGCUUGGGCUCGGGAGCGUGCGGAUCACGGCGGACACGGGGGCUGUGAUUGAGCGGAACGCGACGUGGACGGGCCUUGAGGACGGUGCGAUUGUGCGCGUUGAUCCGGCGAGCGGGCAGGCGGGCACGGUUGUGACGAUUGCGGGCGUGCGCCUGCGCGGGGGCUCCUCUGGCGUUGCCAGCGUGACGCUUGCUGGGCGAGGCGUGCGGGAGAUUGUGUCUGAGAACGAGACUGCCGUUGUUGUUGUUUGCGAUGGCGGCGUUGCUGGCGCCGGGGAUGUUGUGCUGACGGGCGCGAGCGGCGCUGUUGUGCGCGCGAUGGCGGCGUUUGAGGUGCUUGAGGGCGGCGUUGUGACGGGGGUGACUCCGUCGCAGGGUGUGCUCGGCACGUUUGUGACGGUGACUGGGGAGCGGCUGCUUGGCGGCGGGGCGAGCGUUGCGCGGGUGAUGCUUGCUGGUGCGGUUGCUGAACAGGUGGUGUCUGCCAACUCGACGCGGGUUGUUGUUCGGGCUGGCGCGCCGGCUGGGAUGGUGCCGCAGAACGGCAGCGUGGUGAUUGUGAGCGACAGCGGGGCGGUCGUUGAGGCAGCGGACUCGUUUGAAUACGGCGUUGCUGGCGUUGUGGCGAGCGUGAGCCCUGCGUAUGGGCAGCUUGACACAGUUGUGACGAUCCGCGGCAGCGGGCUGCUGUCUGGCGGGCAGCAUCUUGUGUCUGUGGUCCUGGCUGGUGUUGCGGCGAAGCAGAUUGUGAGCUUCAACGCGACGCAGGCUGUUGUGGUUGCCAACGCAUCUGCGACUGCGAGCUCGCUUGUGGGCGACGUUGUGCUUGUGAGCGAGACGGGCGGCCGCGCUGUCGGCGCCAACAUGUGGGAGUACCGGGCGCAGGGCCGCAUUUACGACGUGUCACCAAGCACGGGCAACAGUGGUACAAGCGUGCUUAUUGUUGGUGAGAACCUGCUCGGCCAUGGCACUGGAGUGGAGAGCGUGACUCUUGGCGGCGUGGAAGCUGAGGUGCUGAGCGCAACGAACUUCUUCGUUCGCGUGGUCGCUGGGGCAGGCAACACGAUGAGUGGCAACUCGAUUGUGCUGACGUCUGACACGGGAUCAACUGUGGCGCUUGCUGGCAGCUGGACGUACAGUGCGCCCGCACAGAUUGAUGCAGUGCAGCCCGCGGCUGGCCAGGCUGGCACGAGAGUGACAGUGACCGGCAUGUCGCUGCUUCAGGGCGGUGCGCGCAUUGCGACCGCACGCCUUGCUGGAUAUGUGGCGACUGUGCUGAGCUCGAACGAGACGCGCGUUGUUGUGCAAGCGCCGGCCGGGUCUGGUGAAGAAAUGCUUGGCGACGUUGUGCUCGUGAACGAGCAUGGCGCGACUGUGACUGCAAGCAACGCUUGGACACAGCUAGAGCCGUCUGACAUUGACGUUGUUGCACCGGUUGUUGGCCAGGCUGGCUCGAUCGUGACCAUCACUGGCCGACGCCUUGCUGGUAGCGGCGACAGCGUGAGCGAGGUUGAGCUUGUCGGCGUACCUGCUGCACGCAUUGUGUCUGCGAAUGAGAGCACGGUUGUUGUUGAGGCUGGCGUGAAUGCGGCGGCUAAUGCAGCGGCGGCAUUCACAUUUGCAACACCUGGUGUUGUGAGCAGCGUGGUCCCCGGCGAGGGCCAGCUGGGGACGUAUGUGACGAUUGCGGGCAGCGGCCUGCUGAGCGGCAGCCGCGGGCUCUCUGACGUGCGCCUGGGCGACACGAGCGUGCAGCAGAUUGUGUCGCAGAGCAACACGCAGGUUGUUGUGCGUGCUGGUGACGGCAUGGGCACGGCGCCGGGUGCGUACGAGAAUGUGACGCUUGUGUCUGACAGCGGCGCGCCUGUUGUUGGUGCGCUGGUGUGGGCGUACCUGGAUGCUGGCGUGAUCAGCGGGGUUGCGCCGAGCCAGGGGCACUUUGGCACGUACGUGACGGUUCGUGGGCAGCGGCUGCUUGGCGGCGGAAGCGCGCUUGCGAGUGCGACGCUCAACGACAUUGCUGCGACAAUUUUGUCUGCAAACAAUACGGUUGUUGUGCUUCGGGCAAACGCGAGCAGCUCGUCUGGCAUGGGCCACGUUGUGCUGACGGCGGACACGGGAGCCAUGGUGUCUGCGGAGAACGCGUUUGAGUAUGUGAUGCCGGGUGUGAUUUCGGGUGUGUCGCCUGUGUCUGGACAGGAGGGCACGGUUGUGACCAUCACGGGUACCGGGUUGCUUGGAGGCGGCAGCGAUGUGGCGCAGGUGACGCUUGGCGGCGUGCUUGCGCUGCGCGUGCUUGCAGGCAACGACACGCGCGUUGUGGUGCAGGCUGCACGCGGCCCCGGCAGCAGCAUGCGCGUGGAGGUGAUGAGCAACAGCGGCUCGGUUGUUGGUGCUGAUGGGCUGUUCACGUAUGUGGCCGAGGGUGCAGUACAGAGCGUGGCACCUGCGAGCGGCCAGGCCGGCACGCGAGUGACGGUGAGCGGUGAGCGCCUGCGUGGUGCCGGGGCGCGGGUUGCAGCUGUUGAGGUUGGCGGCGUGCUUGCAGCGAUUGAGUCUGAGAACGACACGGUUGUGGUUGCGCGCAUUCCGGAGAGCACGUCGCGCACUGGGCUGAGCGACGUUAUUGUGCGUGCAGACACGAUGGCUGUGAUCCGCGCGGACGCGAGCUUCACGUUUGUUGCGAACGGGAGCAUUGCGAGCGUUGAGCCUGCCCGCGGGCAGCGCGGCACGCUUGUGACGGUGCGUGGCGAGCGGCUGCUCGGUGCUGCGAGUGGGUUGGCGAGUGUGACGCUUGCUGGUGUUGAGGUUGAAGACAUUGUGAGCGCGAACGACAGCACUGUUGUUGUGUCUGCGGCGCGUGGUGCUGUGGGCAGCGGCGCUGUUGUGCUGACGGCGACGAGCGGCGCUGUUGUGACGGGUGCGGUUGCGUUUGAGUACACGAUUGAGGGCAACGUGACGGACGUGUCGCCCUCACUGGGCCAGGCGGGCACCCUCGUCACCAUCACGGGAACCAACCUGCUUGGUGGUGCGUCGUCGCUGCGCCGCGCAUUCGUCGCUGGCGUGCCUCUGUCUUCCGUUGUGUCUGCCAAUUCGAGUGCCGUUGUUGGCCGCCUCGGUCCAUCCUCUCCACAAACAGGCAGGGUUGAACUUGUUUCCAGCACAGGCGCACUUGUGAGUGGCACCCCGCAGUUUACGUACCUGAACGCGAGCGCCAUUUCGCUUGUGUCCCCAAGCGAGGGCCAGCGUGGCGUGUUUGUGAACAUUUACGGACGCAACCUGUUUGGCGGCGGCUCCACCAUUUCGAGCGUGGAGCUAGGCGGCGUGCCUGCAACCAUCCUGAAUGCGACGGAGACGAUGGUCCGCAUUCGCGCUGGCGAGUCCUUUGGUCUUGGACUUGGCGAUGUUGUUGUGCAGUCUGACACGGGCGCAACUACACUGGUGCACGAUGCUUGGACGUACGAUGUGCCAAGCAACAUCACUGCCGUUUGCGUUUGA